AGCCAAUCACGAGCGCACGAGUGCGAGUCGUUCUUAAUUGGCAUCGAUCCCGACCGCAGUCACCGCCGCGUCCACUGUGCAGGAGCCCGCGCGAUAUGGCGACCCCCAGCGAGGCAGCCACGCUGGGAGAUGUUCACGAGGACGUGAAGCACUACUACGGCAAGCGGCUGCAGAGCCAGGGCGACCUGCAGACGAAGGCGUGCGUCACGCCGGCCACGGCGCUGCCGCCCGCCGUGCGUGCCGCCUUGGCCAACGUUCACCACGAGGUCGUGUCCCGCUACUAUGGCUGUGGCCUGGUGGUGCCUGAGGAGCUGUCCGGCUGCCGGGUGCUGGACCUGGGAAGCGGCAGCGGCAGGGAUUGCUUCGCGCUGAGUCAGCUGGUCGGGGAGGAUGGUCACGUGACCGGCAUCGACAUGACCCCCGAGCAGUUGGAGGUGGCGCGGCGCCACGUGGAGUACCACACCAAGCUGUUUGGCUUCUCUCGGCCCAACGUGGAGUUCCUGGAGGGGUACAUCGAGCGCCUCGGAGACGUGGGGCUGCAGGACCAGUCCUACGACGUCAUCGUAUCGAACUGCGUUGUGAACCUGGCUCCAGACAAGGGCCCAGUGCUGCGCGAAGCCUUCCGGGUUCUCAAGGAUGGCGGGGAGCUCUACUUCAGCGACAUCUACGCUGACCGAGCGCUGCCCGAGGACGUCCGCAGGGACAAGGAGCUGUGGGGUGAGUGUCUGGGCGGCGCUCUCCACUGGCGCGACCUCCUGACCUUGGCGGCCGCCGCCGGGUUCCUGCGCCCACGGCUCGUGAGCGCCACCCUCACGGAGUUGUCCCCCGACCUGCAGGCGCACCUGGGCGGGGUGCGGUUCGUCUCGGCGACCUACCGGCUGUUCCGCGUGCCGCCGGGCGCGGUGGCGGCCGGGGGGGCGGAGGUCGUGUACAACGGCGGCAUCGAGGGCAGCCUGCACGAGCUCACCUUCGAUGCCCACACCACAUUCCCCGGCGGGCGGCCCGUGACGGUGGACGCUGAGCUGGCCGCCAUCCUGCGCUCGUCACGCCUCGCCGACGCGUUCAUGAUCCGCCCGGCGACGAAGCAGCAGGGAGGAGACCUCGUGCAGGAGGAGACCGUGGACCCCUUCGCUCUGCUCCAGAGAGAGGGAGCAAAGGGGGCGGCUGCGCAGGGCUGCUGUGCGGGGGGAGGGGGAGGAGUGGCCAGGAGCUGCUGCUGAGCGGCACGGCCCCUGGCUCUGGGCCCCCACGACCCCCGAGCCUCCGCGUGCAUCCCUGCGUGGUCCACCUGGGACUUCUCGUCACCGUCACGCUCUGCUGAUGGUCGCGGCCCCAGCAGGGUUCACAGACGAGCUGCAUGCACGCAGCAGCAGUCGCUCCCCUUGAGGGUUCGUCUAGCGGACAAACCUUGCAGCAGCCGCAGCAGCAGUGGCAGCGUUAACUCAACGUUAUAUCAACCACGAUUGCAAAUAACGCACUGCAAUAUUAAUACAUAAACUAAAAAUUAUGCGAAUGAUUCACUUGAUAUCUUAUCGGCCAAUCCAAAGAACUUACCGCAAUUGGAGGGAAAACUACUGCGUUUUAGUGAAAAGAAAUGGGAGAAACUGCGACACUUCCACAUAACUGCUUCACCUGCUCAAUCACCCUCUCACCCGUUCACUCACCGGCUCAUCCACCUAUCCUCUCAUCCACUCACUCACCCACCCACGCACUCACCCGCUCGCUCACCCACCCAUCCACUCACCCGCUCACUCACCCACCCAUCCACUUACCUGCUCACUCACCCACCCAUUCACUCACCCGCUCAUUUACCCACCCAUGCACUCACCCGCUCACUCACCCACCCAUCACUCACCCGCUCACUCACCCACCCAUCACUCACCCGCUCACUCACCCACCCAUCCACUCACCCACUGACUCACCCACCCAUCCACUCACCUGCUCACUCACCCACCCAUUCACUCACCCGCUCACUCACCCACCCAUCCACUCACCUGCUCACUCACCCAUACGUUAUGAGCCAGGCAAACACAGCUCCGCUGCGACGCAAUUACUGUUACUCUGAGCACGCGUGAGCGGCUGUGUUUGUCGUCCAGUCGUAAAUCUUGUUCCAGAGCAACGUGACCCCCCCCCACCAGCGGCCGAGUGGAUCCUUCCACUGAGCCGCUUGUGGCUUACCCAGCGUGACCAGGAGCCGGGAGGCUGGGCGAGUCCACGUUCGCUUAUUGUUGGAGGAGGGCGUUGGGGGGGUCGUGGACGUGACGGGCCACAGGUGGAGUCUGUGUGGCUGUGGGACCAGGGAUGUAGCGGUGAAGUGGACACAGCCAUAAAUUAAACAACAACCGAGCAAA